UAAGUGAUGCAGCUAGCAAGAAUUAACACACUAGUUGCAGCAUUUAGCUGCUACAUUGCUGAAACACAGUCUCGACUACUGUCAUUUACCUUACUAUUAUUAUUGUUAUUAUAAAACUCAACAAAUGCUUUGAUCAAGAACAUGUCGUCCCAGUCUUAAGUGGAGGCAUUAGUAGUAGAGGCAAGCUUAGCUAGCUAGCGUGCAACAACAAGAAGCCGCUGUUAGCCAAGUUAGCUUCAACGGUGCCUCGUUUUCUGAACUUGUUGUUACUUAGCAUCCCGGUGUAAUUUUACGACGUGGGAUCGAUUGGCGUAUAUAUUUAUUGUUAAAUCAUACAAGUAUAAACACGGUGAUGUUUGGUAUGACUGUCUCGCAGUUUAACACUAAGUACAGAGUUAAAGCAAUAUUUAGCGGCCGACCAUGCCAUCUAAUCUCAUCACCAAUCUUAGCUAUGGUUAGCUAACAGUAUCCAACUUAAAUUUGGUUAAUGUAGUUAUGUUGCAUCAUUGAUGUCCACGAUAAAAAAAAACAUUCCCGACGCCAUAAUAAUGCUCUGUCAAUGUACCACGGACUUUGUGACAUUGGACAUAUAAGGGGAUGACGAGAAGUAGGCAUAUGAAGUUUGACUGAGCCUAGGUAAUGUUACAGUUAUAGUGUAAGCAGUUCAGAAUCGGAAUGAGAUUUAUUGCCAGUCAAUUUUCACUUGCGUGGAAUUUGCCUUGGAGUGUUGGAUGCACACAAUAAACCUAUGUAAACGGAAUAAACAAUAGAGCAAAGUACUGCAACAGUUAAGGACAUAAAUAUAGAAUAUAAAUAUUACAAUGCAACUUUAUGUAAAAGACACUAUAAGAAAUAAAUACAUUUUACUCUCAUUUAGCAGUUAGACUAACCGUUAGAAUAUUGCAGCUUUUACUAUAUAAGGGUUUCUCUCUGUCGUUGGGUUUUUAUCCUGAGGAAUAAACAAUCAGUAGUAUAUUUCUCUUGAAUUUAUUAAUUGCUUUAGGGUUUGUUUUCUAUGCUGCUGGAUGGAGCUCUGUUUUCUUUUAAUUUAAUACAUUUUUGCAUGUAGGUUCAGGCUAUUUCCAGGAGAAUGGGUGGCUUCAGCAGAGUUAGAUUGCCAGCUUGCUUGAUUCCUUCUGUGUGCAUAUUGAUAAGAGUUUGGAAAAGUCGCCCUUGAUUGUGGACGAUGGUGUUGUGGAAGCGAUAAGAGAGCAAGACAUACUGAAACGAAGCAAGUAUUUGCAAUGGAAAUUCACCGAGAUGCAAGAGGGACCCCGUUCCUCUGGAUCAACCGGCUCUGACCCCCCUGUUGUAGACCCGCCAUCCUCCCCAGUGCCAGAAUAUGUGUUCAAGCCACCAUCACGGCCAGACUUUGGCACCAUGGGCAGGACAAUCAAGCUCCAGGCCAACUUCUUCGAGAUGGAAAUCCCCAAACUGGAGGUCUACCAUUAUGACAUUGACAUCAAGCCUGAGAAAUGCCCCAGGAGGGUCAACCGUGAAAUUGUGGAGCACAUGGUCCAGCACUUUAAAACACAAAUCUUUGGUGAUCGAAAGCCAGUAUAUGACGGGAGGAAGAAUCUCUACACUGCCAUGCCCUUGCCCAUAGGCAGAGACAAAGUGGAGCUUGAAGUAACCAUUCCUGGUGAAGGCAAGGACCGCAGCUUCAAAGUUUCCAUCAAGUGGAUGUCCUGCGUUAGCCUGCAAGCGCUCCAUGAGGCACUAUCAGGGCGGCUACCCAGCGUCCCCUUUGAGACUGUCCAAGCCUUGGAUGUGGUCAUGAGACAUUUGCCCUCUAUGAGGUAUACCCCGGUGGGCCGCUCUUUCUUCACUCCCUCAGAGGGAUGUUCGAACCCCCUCGGUGGUGGCAGAGAGGUGUGGUUUGGCUUUCACCAGUCUGUCAGGCCUUCCCUUUGGAAAAUGAUGCUCAACAUUGAUGUUUCUGCCACUGCAUUCUACAAAGCCCAGCCCGUAAUUGAGUUCAUGUGUGAGGUCUUAGAUUUCAAAAGCAUUGAAGAACAACAGAAGCCCUUAACAGACUCUCAACGAGUGAAAUUUACAAAGGAAAUCAAAGGCCUGAAGGUGGAGAUCACUCACUGUGGGCAGAUGAAGAGGAAGUACAGAGUGUGCAACGUGACCAGAAGACCAGCCAGCCACCAAACGUUCCCCCUGCAGCAGGAGAACGGCCAAACUAUUGAAUGCACAGUAGCACAGUACUUCAAAGACAAGUACAAGCUCAUUCUGAGAUACCCUCACCUUCCGUGUCUACAGGUGGGACAGGAGCAGAAGCACACCUACCUCCCUCUAGAGGUGUGUAACAUAGUGGCAGGACAGCGCUGCAUAAAAAAGCUGACAGACAAUCAGACCUCCACUAUGAUUCGUGCCACAGCCCGAUCAGCUCCAGACCGCCAGGACGAGAUUAGUAAAUUGAUGAGAAGUGCCAAUUUCAACACUGACCCUUACGUUCGUGAAUUUGGAGUGAUGGUGAGGGAUGAGAUGACAGAAGUGAAUGGCCGUGUCCUUCAAGCACCUUCCAUUCUGUAUGGAGGCAGGAACAAAGCAAUAGCCACACCAAUCCAGGGAGUAUGGGACAUGAGGAACAAACAGUUCCACACUGGCAUUGAGAUCAAAGUGUGGGCCAUCGCCUGCUUUGCACCACAGAGGCAGUGCACUGAACUCCUGCUUAAAGCAUUCACAGAUCAGCUGAGGAAGAUCUCUAGGGAUGCAGGCAUGCCCAUCCAGGGUCAGCCUUGCUUCUGUAAGUACGCCCAGGGAGCGGACAGCGUGGAGCCCAUGUUCAGGCACCUCAAGUACACCUACCAGGGCCUCCAGUUGGUGGUCGUCAUCCUACCGGGGAAGACGCCCGUCUACGCUGAGGUAAAACGUGUUGGGGACACGGUACUUGGCAUGGCCACACAGUGUGUGCAGGUGAAGAAUGUUCAAAAGACAACGCCUCAGACCCUCUCCAACCUCUGUCUGAAGAUCAAUGUCAAGCUGGGCGGUGUCAAUAACAUCCUCCUCCCGCAGGGCAGGCCAUUGGUUUUCCAGCAGCCAGUGAUCUUCCUUGGUGCAGAUGUGACUCAUCCGCCUGCAGGAGAUGGAAAAAAGCCUUCCAUCGCUGCUGUCGUUGGUAGUAUGGAUGCCCAUCCCAGCAGAUACUGUGCCACAGUGCGGGUGCAGCAGCACCGUCAGGACAUCAUCCAGGACUUGGCCACCAUGGUGAGGGAGCUGCUUAUCCAAUUCUACAAGUCCACCCGCUUCAAGCCCACCAGAAUCAUCUACUACCGCGAUGGCAUAUCUGAGGGCCAAUUCAACCAGAUGCAGGUCCUUCAGCAUGAACUGCUGGCGAUCCGCGAGGCCUGCAUAAAACUAGAGAAGGACUACCAGCCUGGUAUUACUUUUGUUGUCGUGCAGAAGAGACACCACACGAGACUGUUCUGUAUGGACAGAAACGAGAGGGUUGGGAAGAGUGGCAACAUUCCAGCAGGCACCACAGUGGACACCAAAAUCACUCACCCAUCAGAAUUUGACUUCUACCUUUGCAGUCACGCUGGCAUUCAGGGUACCAGCAGGCCGUCUCAUUACCAUGUGCUCUGGGACGACAACCACUUCUCUUCAGAUGAACUGCAGGUCCUAACAUACCAGCUAUGCCACACCUAUGUACGCUGCACCCGAUCAGUUUCCAUCCCAGCACCAGCUUACUAUGCCCAUUUGGUGGCAUUCCGGGCUCGCUAUCAUUUGGUGGACAAAGAGCACGACAGUGCCGAGGGCAGUCAUACAUCAGGCCAGAGUAAUGGGCGUGACCAACAGGCCUUGGCCAAGGCCGUUCAGAUCCACCAGGACACCCUGCGCACCAUGUACUUUGCCUGAGAGCACACAACCCCAGGUUGCCAUGGGUGAGAGACCCCACUGACGGAACACACUACCCCUCGCUGUCUUACUGUCAGCUGUGGAUAGCAUCACAGUGGUUUCACAUAGUGAUCUCCCUACCUAACAUACCUGUCCAGUUACCCAUAUGUCUUCAAUUGUACUUCAGCCCCUUACCCACCCAAAUCAAGCCAGCUAUUAGACUGUAAGAUGCAAAGGCAUCCCUCUUUCUUGGGGUUUGAGCGGGAAGAGGUUUUAUUUACAUCUCGUGCAUUAGUGUGUGUUUGUAUUUGUUGUAGGGAAAUAUGUUUCAAAGUAUGAAAGGAAAAGGAAAAGUUUGUACACUGAUAGAAGAAAUCUACAAUUUCUAAACUAGUGGGCAGUAUCAUUAUACAUUGGGGUGAUUUAUAAUUUAGAAGAAGCCGUUUACCCUCCUCCCUGUUUUUUAUUGUAUGUUAGGGUCUUGGUGCUUGAAGGGAGAAGGAUCACAUUCAUCAAAAUAUAAGGGGGCCUGUUCACUGUUUAUAUGCCUAAAGAUUUGCUCCUCUGACAAACAUUAUUUAUCAGCCAAUCAAAGCAAAGUGCACUGACCAAAAUGGGUACUUCAAUCAGGAAUUUGAGGGUUGUGUGAUUCACAUAGGGCACUAUGUGAUGAAAAGUGCCAUUUGAGACCUUUCUGUUGUCAUUUCUGUGUAAAACUAUGAAUUAUUAGUCCCACGUCUGCUGGGUUUUCAGUAUUUGUCCUUGAUUGACACUGAUGACCAUUUUAUGCCAAAUCUGGUGACAAAUUACCAAAGGAUUCUUUGCAUCAGAUUUGUUAUCAACCCUUGAACCAACACUUAGUUUAUUCUGGAUGAGGGCUUUUAGUGUUCAGAUAGAGAUUGAAACAACAGCAGCUGUAUCCUCCUUUGCCUCUCGUGUUACCCUAUUCCCAUGCUAAGACGUGGUGUAUUGGGACCGGUUCCCAACAAGGACACCUUUCUAAUGUAGUCUGAGCCGUGUUGAUAAAAGAUCAACAUAGAGGGGAACAUGACAAAAUCCUUUUUUUUUUUUUUUUUUGUUCCCGUUGGUUUUUAUAGUCUAAUUUAAUUUGAAUCAGUUUUGUAAUGAAUAUGCAUGUAGCUGACUCAUGUUUAGACACUUAGGCAUUUGUGAUAAUUGUUUAUUUCUUCCUUUUUAAACAUUAACCCUACUUCUAUGUUUUAAUGUAAAUAGCAGCAGGAUAGUGUUUUCUGCGGUGUCUUUGUCAGAGCGGGAUAUUUGUGUGGCGUCUCGAUAUCCAGCCAUUCGGUACAGUGGAGUGAAAGCUGCAACAUUUUAGAGUUUGACUGAUUUGAAAUUCCCUAAAAAAAAAUAUAUAUAUAUAUAUAGUGUUUGCUCUAUGAAUUGGGAGCAGUCGUUGCACAAACGCUUGAGUUUUAUGCAAAUUACUUUUUGUGAGUCUUUAUACUAUAUAAUAAUGUUGGUAAUAAGGUAUAUUUUGAAUAAGCUUUCAGUGGAGGCUGCUGAAAAUAUAAACAUUUUUUUAAAUGACUGGCCCACAUGUAGUCUAAAUUAACACUGUCUAUUUGUAUACAGAUUUUAAAUGCAAUUAUUCUCUUGCCUUCUAAGACUUAAAGUCUUACUACAAAUAAUUCUAGACAUUUCCUAACAUCCCAUCUAAGUUCUACUACUAAGUUAAGCUGGUGAAUGUUCUUAUAGUCUUGAUUGGAGGCGAGUAGUGAAUAUUUUCUAACUAUGCAUCAUUUUUAACCUAGAGAUUUAGCAGUGGGGCAUCUCACAUACAUUUGGUCAUUUAUAGAGGUAGAUAAUCAGGGCUUUUUGUUGUUGUUUUUUUAGCAUGUUGCAUUUAGUAGUGUUUCUUAGUGCUUAUCAGCGUCUUCAUGCCUUUCUAAUGGGAUGAAGCAUUUGUGGUCAUUUGUAACAUUGUAGAUUUUAUAGCCUGAAAAUUCGAUGUAUCCUUGUAACACAAUAUUUCUUAGCCAAACAAGAUUACUGACUUUUACAUGAUUAGUAUUCAAAACACAUGGAAGCACAAAAGGACAUCCUGAUUCUAGGUGCUAGAAGUUUUCACUGUAAACCACCUUAAAUCCUCACUGGACUGGUCAAUGAGGCUUUUUAACUUGUAUGCUAAAAAAAAAAAAAAAAAAGAUCCUUCGUCAUUUUGAGGAUCUUUUCUCUCCCUUCGACGACCUCUCUGCGUUACCCUUUUUAGCCAUUAUCUGUAAAGCAACUAGAAAUCCGACUGACUGUGUUUGUGGGGCAUUCUGAAAAUCAUGUACUUGAUAUUUACUGUUAAGAUGUCAAUAUUGUUCCUAUCGGUGCUGGUCUCACAACAUGUAAAUUUGGAUGCACUUUUGAUAGCAGAACGUUGGUAUGACUUCAGAUGUUUGUUCCUCAAUCGAAGCAGGAGGCUCGGCCAUAUUGCGUGACACUGGUGUAAUUGUAUGGAAAUGGCUGUGUGUUCUACCUCUUGUUACCUGUUUAAGUGUUAUGGUAACAUCACACUGCUGGCCAUUUCUGUAUAAUUACCCCUGCUAUCUAUCUAAUUGGCAUUGUUUGAGUCUUGCAUUGACAGUAGAGGUUUUUAAACGCUUAGUGUGCAUGAUGGUGAAAGCGCUUUCUCAGUUUAUGUUGUGAUAUUUUAUUUCAUAUUUUACUCAAACUGAUAAGAGAGAAUGUGUUUUUUUUUCUUUUUUUCUUUUAGGGGUUUUGAGCAUUGAGCUGUAUGACCAAAUCCUUGAAGUGUGUUUGUUUUCACACACAGCUUUCCCUUCUUUCUUUCCUUUUUAUUCUAUGCACCAGUGAAAUGACAGACUUUUCACACCGUGAUUUUUCCACCUCAGCAGUAUAACAACAAAUGCAAAGCCCACAUCAGCUAUGAUCAUUGCAUAUCCUGGAGUUGGAGAAAUUGUAAACGCACCCUAGUGGUGCUGUUAGACUGUUAGAGUUGCUUGCAAACCUAAAACAAUAGAAAGCGUACCUCAUCAGCCUGAAAAAAAGUCGCGCACGUAUUGAAAUCCAUGUGAGAAUGUUUUGUACGGUGUGUGUGAUUCAGGAAGUCCUUUGAUCAAUUACAUUUUAUCAGUUAAAUUUCAUCACAGAACAUUAUGUAAUUUGUCAUCAAAUGCCAUAAUUCAUUGACAUUUUUUAUUCAAGUACAAGUGUGAUCUUCCAUUGGGUUUUAUGGAGACUGAUGUCAGGUGGAACCCCAUUGUUUGGAAAUUUGAGUGUCAUAUUGUCUGGAAAGUGGGACGUGUCUAAAUGAUAGCGUGCUGAAAUUCAGAACAUUAAAGCGUGAUUUAUGGUUCUGCGUUGGCUCCACGCAGAGCUUUCGCUGUAGCCUACGUAAGUGGUCUGAAGUUCGUGUGCGUGUGUGCGUGUGUGCGUGUGUGCGUGUGUGUGUGUGUGUGUGUGGAAGAGCGAGUGAGAAGUGAGAGAGUGAAGGUGAUUAGCUUCAGAGCAAGUACAGACUCUAGAGUCAUGAUGAGAGUAACAAAGUGUCUCCCCUGUGCUUUCUGACCACGGUGGGAAAUCUAUGGCAGGAAAAGUUAACCCUCUCCUUGAUUUCACGUUGUUUACGGAGAAGGAGAACCAGGAAAUUAGUAGGGGGAAAUGCAGCACUGCCAAGACACGACGUGCGUCGCCCGCAAUGUGUUAAAUUUUUCGAGAUGUGCACAUCAGGCGACGGCGUAGAGUCCGACGUACCUACGUACGUAAGUAUAAAUCAUGCUUAGGUUGUGUUUUGGGGGAGAUGGCUUUGUGCUUGUUGUUACUGCUCCUUUCGUGUUUUACAUGACCUAUACCAGCACCUUAAAAUAGCAGAUCAGAACGACAUUGCUUUUCCUGUAGAUAAAACUCAAACAUUUGACAAUGUUAUUUUUGCACUAAACAAGAAUGGGCUUUUGUAGCUGUUGCAGCAUUAAGAGCAUUUAUCAGAUGGCAGACUGGCAGUUUCUUUUUUUUUUUCUUUUAGAAAGGAGCAGUUGGCAUUCGUGGAUUUCAAAAAUACAAGAGAGCACAGCCAACAGGCUUAAGAGCCUCUGUGUUCGGCACUUGCCAUUCAGAAAGCCGCGCCUGCCGAUCAAGAGGGAGUCUACCCAGCUAACCAGCAUUCAGCAUGUCGUCCUUGUGAAAUAUCCUAAUGCCUUUUUUAAAUGUUAACGAAAGAGUGAAACUUGUAGUUGCGUAGGUGGAUUGCCUUUGUACAGUGAUGGGGAGAACGGUGCUUUAUGCAAAACAAACUGACAGGUGUUGAAAAGAGCUGAUUAGCUUUCGACAAUAAGAUUUCUGUAGAGGCGUGGAUGCCAAAGUGUUGUGUGAGGAUGAAGUGUCCCGGAAGGUUUGACGGUCACAGUCCCUGUUCAAGAUGUGCAUAGAAAAUGAAUGCUAAUGAAUCCUUUAUGUGUCAGACACCCACAUAGACUAUAGGCUACAUAUCAAGAUUCAGAAAAUGUUUUUCCUUUUUACCUGAAUCUGCAGGAUCAUGAUGAGCUAAAUCAAGAAUGGGUAUGGAACAAAUUAAUAAACACACCAGCCUGGAUGGCUGGCUUAGUUAGGCAUUCAAAACCCCUGCAGUGGUAACUCUAAUGACAUGACUUCAUCCCACUUUGGCUGGUUUUUUUUCGUAUCUUUUCGAGUGUCCAAAACUAGGACAAAGCAGGUUGUUGAAAUGGUUUGUAAACUAAAUGGCAUAUCAUAAGCUAAUUUAAUUGAUUCAGUAAUAUUAUUUUCUCGAUACCAGGUUUUUUUUUCUUUCUUUUGUAAGUAUGUUUAAAUGUAGGGUUGAAAGAGGUUGAGAUCAAAUUCCUCCAAGUGUAACGAUCUGCCUGUUUACAUUUUUUGGCUUUUGAAUGAUCUUGGAAUAAAAUAAAGCCCGACUUCCAAUGAAGCAACAACCUAUACAUCAGUUUAUUUUAAAACAUGACCCACUGUAUAGUAAUGUCUCACCUCCCUGCCUCUCAUCCGUCUCUUGUAGAGAAACUAUUACUGACAUAAAGAAAUCUCUUGUAGAGUAGAACCUAUUUUCCUAGCUCCAAAUAAUAACAAUGAAUGUACUUAAAGUAGAGCCUGCAUGGUUUGUAAUAUUGUAUAGGCUAUCCAUCCAGUACAUUUAUACUCAUGUUUGCUUCUUGUGUACAGCCUUUUCUUUUUCUUUUUUUGGUGUUUUUCUCUUUAUUUAUAGGCUUUAAUAAUUGCAGAAAGUACUCCCGUUUUGUUCUUUAAUGCUCCAUUGAUUUGGAUAUCGCCCACAUCACAGCUGAUAUCAUUAAUCUUUUCACUGAUUAACAGAAGGUAUACAAGUCUACAAUUGAGAUGUCUUUCUCUGGAUGUUUGCUACUGUAGUUUUAGGAGACAAACGUUUCUCACUGUUGCAAAGAGUAGUCGUCUUUCUGUUUCUGGCGUCAUGCUUGUGUGAGGUGCUUUAACAUACGAGUGUGUGUGUAUAUAUGAUGGUUGCUUUGGUGUGUGUGAUCUCGUUUGCUGUUGGAUUUAUUUUUGGCUUUUGCUUAAGCCCUCCGGUCUGAUAUUCCUGUCCUGUAAAAUCCUCACCACAGUUCAGCCCACUAACUCAGUAGUGCAGUCAGUGCCACUUGAAAGCAAGAAGCUAAGGUUUGUGUUUGAGUGUUGCUUGUGUUUUUACUUUUGUUGAUUGUAUUGCUACACCGCUUUUUUCCCCCCAGAUUUUAACUAGUACACUUUAUGAUUUACAUGGCACUCUGCAGGCUUCAGCAAGCAUGGUUUUCUUCUUCCUAUUCCUAGAUAAACCUCUCUGAAGCCUCAUUUUUUCCUUGAUCAUGCUAAUGUCCACCCAAUUACCUGUAGCCAUGUGACACUGGUGCGGUGUCCUCAAGGUCUUUGCAUUUAAAGUUUGCCUAUGUUAUUGUUUUUAGCUACAAGUCUGAAUUAUUGAGUACAAAUUUGAAUGGGGGAGUGGACCUGAGGAAAGUACCGUUACGCUCACGUCCACUGGAUGCAGCUACGUCGCAUUUUGGUUGUCAUGUCCGGUAUUAAUCUCAGUUUCAAUGUUUUCCUCUUAAUGCCACUAGCAGGUCAAAGUUUUCACUCAUCCACUAACCGAUCUCAGCAUCUACUUCAUGGGUUGGACCAAAAAACAUACAAACAUUGUUCCCAGACAAGGAUUUUGGUGUGACCUCAACUUUUCAUCUCGGAUCAAAACUUAAAUUUGUCCAAUACUGUGGUUUAUGACCAAAUACAUGCAAAACUGACUUUCCCGUCAGCCUCAGCUGUACUUUAUAUAAAUUUCUAAUUGUCAAUACCGGAUAUGAUGUCCCAGGUAUUAUAUUUGCCAGUAAAUACAGCCAUGUAUAGUGAGAAUAGGAACCGAUGAUCUCUGGCAGACGCAGCUGAGCCACAAUGUGUUGGAACUGCGUCCGGUGGACGUUUGGCUUUCGGCUUGGGGGCUGUAGGAAAUCUGACCUUGACUGAGUAGAGCCGUUACCGAGCUUCUCCAAUCCAAUGCCAUCCAGCUGAUCUACGUGUAUCCAAUCAUGUAUGACUCAUAUGGGUAUUUUUGUAUUUUCAAAGCAUUUCUAGUCUUCAUAAUGACUUGGCUUUUUAUUUACCAACUUGGAAAAAAACUACCUCAGAGCAGUGUCAGGUGCUAGGUAAUAGUAGCCCUCAUUUAUAAUAAUGGUAACAAAAUCAAAAAUUGUUGUGACCAAACCAAUACACAAGCCAAUAUCGUGUGAGAGCACUGUUCUUUUCUUGAACCUUAAUAAAUGGAAAACCAAGUAAUCAUGUAUGACUGGUUGCUUACAUGUUAGGGGACCAAAUUUUUGUAAUUGGGAGUCUCAUUGUUUCAUACGAGUCCUUUUUUUUAUUUUUCAAAAGAUGGCGACAAAAACAACCCAGCACAACCUAGGACUCCUUCAUGUGGUGAAAUUCAUGACUGGAUCAUUUGUUGACAAAUGUGCCAUCAUAAAGUAAUUGCUAUUCACUUUGACAAUGUGUUGCCAGUAAAAUGUUGGCGAUAUUGAGGUAUGUUUGUAGCGGCAUUGAAGGUUUGUUGGUACAGCAAUAAUGUCGGUGUGUGGGCUGUGGGUCGUGGUAAUUAGUUUGUCUUUACGCCAGUCUGUCCUCUUUACGCAGGUCAAGACGAGGCUCAAUACACAUUUUGGACUUUUAGUUAGCAGGACAAUACUUUGCAAAUGUGUAGAUUCAUUUGUGUCAAUAUUUGGAACCAGCCUUUUCAGUUUUUGUUUUAACAGAAUGUUGAAAUGUUAAGGUUUCAUACUGGAUAGAGCCACUCCACGUGAUCAAAUGCUUACAUUUCUCUGCCGUGUUAACCCAGUACUGCAAUAAAAUCAGGGUGGAUGUCCCUGUCUCCUACUCA